CAAUCCAUCCUGUUCGGUGUGCACUACCGUGUCGCACUGGUUUCGCCAGUCGGUCGCUUUCAUUCGAACGAACUAGACGCGUUUUCUGUCGUGCAGGUGUGUUUUGCCGUGCUACUACUACGUCAAGCUGACAGCUGAGUGUUGUGAGUCAUCACUGUGUACGAUCGCGAUACUUAGUUUAGUGUUUAGCUCAAAUUGUUGAAACUUUUUGAUGGCUCUGGCGCCAAAAUUGUGUAAAUUUUAUUGCUCGUUGAUUAUGGGCAAAUGUGUGUAAGGUCGGGCAGAAGUGUAGCAGAUCGUAAUAGGCUCAGUAGGCCUAGUAUACAAAGGAUCCAGCCAUAGAUCUUAGUGUCUAUUACCCGGGGAAUUUGUUAGGAGUGCGAAGUCAUUGCUAUUGAAAAUUGAAGCUUCGAAAAUUCCCAUCCAAAGCUGCAACAUCACACUCAAGUGGCUCUUGAACCGCUCAAUCGAGGAUCACGAAAACGAUAAGUACCAAGUACUGCUGAUAAAACCCCGUCAGCUCAAUACUCCCAAACAGUGUUGACUAUAAAUCACUGCGCUCUGCGGUGGGGCGAUAAUCCGCUGCCAUUGCAAGUAAAAAACACAAACCAGGCAGAAUCAACAUCGAGAAACGAGUUAAUCACACACUCCACCAGCAGCACUUCUGACACUCAUCCUCAGUUGGCGCUGCAUCGGGGGCUGCAGGUGCAGGUGCUUAUUAGUGCCGGUAGGCUCACGCGUGAAUAGUUGCAGUGGUUUUUUCUCCCCCAUCUUCAUCUCACUCCCUCCGUACUCCUCAAAACCAUAAUGAAUGUAAUCGAGUGAUUAAAGCGUGCGGAACGUCGGGAGCGUGAAGGUGAGCCGUGUUUUUGUGUGUAACCGGGUCAAACGGUUGUUGUGGUUAAAGCGUGCAUAUCAUUUGCGUUUGUGCCGGUGUGUGUGUGUCUGUGUGGUUGGCAAGUGGUGUGGUGCAGGUUGCACAUUGUAGGUGUGCACAAUUUUCAUUACGCUUUCCCCUUUGCCAGACACGUGUGUUGUGUGGUGGAGUCUAGUGUAGAACGAGUAUAGGAGCGCGUUACGAGGGCGCAUCAUCAACAGCAGCAGCAGCAGUCUAGCACCCCUGACUCCCUUCUGGGGUUCGUCUUCCGCAGAUACUUCUUUCGCAUCCUACCCUGGACCGCAACGAACGCAGCCAAGAUGAAGAUGUCAAAACUCUCCAAUCAGACCAACUCCCAGGACCCGCAGGCGGUGAACUCGCGCGUCUUCGUCGGCAACCUGAACACUUUCCAGUGCUCCAAGACGGACGUGGAGCGCAUGUUUCAGCGCUACGGACGGUUGGCGGGAAUUUCCAUGCAUAAAGGAUACGCGUUUGUACAGUUCACUAAUCCAUUCGAUGCCCGGAACGCUUGCCACGGUGAGGAUGGACGAACGGUGCUGAGUCAAACUUUAGAUGUGAAUAUGGUCGCGGAACCAAAACCACAUCAAACCGGUCGGAAACGGCAAAACAAAUCCAAAACCGGAAACGAUUGGGACUACUACUACGACAGCUACUACGCCUCAACACUGUUUGGGCCGCUACAGCAGCAACCAAACGCACAGCCACGGCCUCUCAAGCGCCAACGGUUGAUGGCACCGAACCGGAUGGGAAUGACGCCGAAAAUGAACGGUGCUGGACCGAUCCUUGCGCAUAGUCACGCACAGCAACAGCAGCAGCAGCAGCAACAGCAGCAACAGCAAGUGCUCUCCCAGCAACAGCAACAGCAGCAGCAGCAACAGCAACAACAAAUGCAUCUCGUAGCACAUUCGCAACAGCUUCAGCAACAAAUGCAAGCCGUGGCAACGGCAAGCCCUGUGCCGGGGGGAGCUUGCAGUUUGGGCGGUUACUACACCACCCCGGUCGGUGGUAACAUUGGCUCGAGCAACGGUGUGCCGAUGCAGGUGCCGAACGGGUGCAUCGGGACGAAUGGUUACAUCAACAACAACAACUGCUUGCUGAACGGAACGGAGCUGAGCGGUGGUGGAGGUGGUGUUGUUGGCGGAGCGGGCUGCAACAUAUCAAGCAACAUGUCAAGCUACACCAACGGCCAGCACGUGGUUGGACCGUUCAAAACUUACAGUAAUCCCGACACACUCAUCUGCGGCAACUGCCGGGAGCUGUUCACCGACCUGACGGAGCUGCUGGAUCACAAGCGCAGCUACUGCAAGCUUCGAUUUACCUGCAAGUGUCUCAGUACCUCACCGGUGCAGAAAACUUAUCCCAAUCCGCAGGCUAAGCUGGUGUGUGUGGCGUGCAAGGAUUCGUUCUCCAAUCCCUGGGAUCUGAUGGUGCACGCGCAGGCCGCACACAUGGUAAACAUCUACGAGCUGGGCGAGAGCCCGUCGUCCGGCGAGGACGGGAAGGCGCUGGCAGUGGGAGGCGAUCGGACCGCCAACAGUACGCCCACGAUGCCUUGCUCGCCGUCCGCCCACGAGCAUGGCGUGAAGCUGAAUGGAAACGGUGCGGUCAACAACCCGCUGGCGAACGGAAUUCACGAGCUUGAUGAUGAGAAGAAUGACCAUGGGGAGGAAACUCAUUCACAGGCGACGCCCAGCUCACCGGAAGCGGGACUACAGACGGCCUCCUCCAGCGAGGACAUCUCUUCCAUGCACGAUUCGCCCAUCAUCAGCGGUGUCAUCGGGAAGGUGGAACCGUCGGCCGGUCUGCUGGCGAAUGGGUUUGCCGCCGCAAUGGACACCGGGCUGAAGGUAAACGGGCCGGCCAGGGCGUGCAUUAUGUCCGCGCUGAGUAUAGACACAAAGUCUAACCAGGAGUCGGCACUGAAAAUGGUCUCCUCCACGAUGGGCAUAACGCUUACUAACGGGGCGGCUGUAACGGCCGUAACGCAGUAAAGCAUUUGUUGUAAGCGUUCUCGUUGUAGCUACUUUGUUUUGUACUUUUUUUUUAUUCUUUUAUAGUUUUAAAGCUCGUUUUAGUUUGUUUAGAAGAGUUUAGAUUCUUCUGUUUUUUUUUAUUAAUAUUUAUUAUCGCUUUCUUUUCUUUUAAAAGCAUGUUAGGGUUAACAAUGUAUUAAGUAAGAAAUAUUUAUUACCAAGCAUUCUUCAGAAGCAUGUUUCUGUUGAGCCCCCGUUUCUUAGACGUAAUGAAACUCUAAAAAGCAACAACACAUCAACCGUUCUUCUAAUGAGAGAAACGAAAAGUAUUCUAUUAUCGUAGAUAGUAAGACAAACGUUUAUAUUGAGAAAAGAAACCAAAAGUAACAAAAUACACACCUACGAUGGAAAAACAAAUAUAUGCAACAAAGCAGCUAACAUUAAACCAAAAAAACACACCCACAAACACAUAGUAAAUAAAGCGAAUGGGCGUUACUAACGCUGGAUUUACGAACAAAAGCUGACAGGCAAACACGCUGCUUAAAGCACACAUACAGUGAAACACUAACAUGUACGUAACACUAAACACUAAAUACGGUUAUCGUCUUAACGGGAAGAAUUUGCCUGCAGUAUGAACGUGUUUCAAAGCGGUGUAGAGAAAGAGAGAGAGGGAGAGAGAUUGCAAAACAGCAAAACAGAACAGCAAAAACAUUUCAAAAUCUCCAACGUAAAACCGUAACGCCAGGACUCCACAGAGCAUAACACGGAGCGCAACAUAACAACUGACAGCUGCCAAACGCUUGAGAAAACGCUUGGGAAAGGAGGUUAAGCGUUUCAUUAACUAUCGGUCAUCGCAGUAGGUUGGUAGCUUUUCAACGAAAAAUGAGCGGCCUACUAAGGAUAUUCAAAACAUGGUACCGGCAAUAAAGCGUUUUAUGAAGCGUUUAGCAGCUGUCAGUUGUUAUGUUGCGCUCCGUGUUAUGCUCUGUGGAGUCCUGGCGUAAAACACGGACACGAUAAAUGAAUACAAAACAAUGAGAGCUUAUGGGUAUGAUUUAUGUUUAUAAACUGCACUGCACAAAGCAGGCGAGGUAAGAAAAAAGGAGUUUCGGCAGGCGAAAGAUGUUCGUUUCACCGUUGCGGCUUUGCGCUCGAACGUGCACGUUUGGUAGUUUGGCUCAACCGAAAAUGGGGGGCUUGCGCAACCAAAAGAGAGAAGGAGAAAUAAAUCUCUGCUUUAGUUACCAAAACAACACCCAUUGUUGAUUAGAUAAUGCCUGCCAGUUUGGCGGGAUUUCACACAAGCAAAGUUGCUUGCCUCCGUUCUCGUCGCUACAAACAAACAAACAAAGCAGCAAACAUAAGGAAGGAAUAGCGUAACAACGGAAGCAAUGGGGUAGCUAGGAUUUGACUAGAAAACAUAAAACCCUUCCACAAAGACACACAUACAAAACAGGUUUGUCGUCUGUUGAGAUAACCCGGAAGUGCUGGUGCGAAGAUCCUUUUUUUGCACAAAUCUGCAAAAAUCCACCGUCAAGAUGUGAGGCUUACACACAUGUACAUAUCAACCCCUUCAAACGCGUACCACAGAAAAAAACGACACAAAAAAUUGCAUAAUAGUCAGUACGUGACGGUGGCGUGAAAUAGGCCACAAGCAGAACGUUAAACGGAACAUGCGGUUUGAACAUGAAACAGGUUUAAAUUAACACUCCCCGAUAAGUAUCGAACGUUUCUUCCCGCGCGUUACUCCUGUUACUAUGGUAUUUUGUAAAGCAGAGCAAAAGAAACCCGCGAUUGAACAUAAUCAAACGUCCUCCACUCUAUCAAAGCAACCCUUAAACAGAGCUGCGUGUGCGGAGCGUAUGUGUGCGUUGUCCCGAUCCCAAAGUUUUACGUUGAAUUGUUGUUAGCCCCUGAAUUACAAAGUACACAACAAAAUAAAACAACACACAUUUAACACAGGGGCGAAGCGUUAGUUCAUACUGGAUGUAGUGUUAAGAAAAAUGUUAAACCAAUAUUUAGUUCACAAUAAACAUGAGCAUGAUUUCUCCGGCUAUGGAGAUUGUCUAGUA